ACACCUCCACAACGAUUCCAUAGCUUCCAUCACCGCGUUCCGGUUCGGCAGGUUAACUAAAGCCUGGAUCGAUCACUUGUUGUCGUACGUCUUCAUCAGUUGUUGUAGACCUUAAUCCGGUUGUUGGUAGCAUAAUCUGGCUAGCUAGGAUUUGAUCGCCCUGAGGAUGAUCUUGGAGUCCGCCGGCUGCAUCGACUUGGUCAGCGCCGCCGCCUGCCCGCUGGGUCUCCACACUAGGAAGAGCUUCUAUUUCUGGAUCUUCCAAAUCUUCAACAGAUAUUCCCUGCUCGUCCAUUGACACCCCUGCUCCUCUGCCUCAAAUAUUUGCCUGGCAGUUGGCAUUCUUAAUUACAGCUAGCUAGUGUUCCAUUCCAUCCGUAGCAUUAUAAGUAUUUGCUUCUUCCUGUCCUUAAUUGGUUGCUUAGCAACCUCAAAGUGUGUAGAUUCAUAUAACCACCAUUUCGAUCAGUAUAAUGGGCACCAUGACUCUGCCGCCCGGGUUCCGCUUCCACCCCACCGACGACGAGCUCGUCGGAUACUACCUCAAGCGCAAGGUCGACAACCUCAAGAUCGAGCUCGAGGUCAUCCCCGUCAUCGACCUCUACAAGUCCGAGCCGUGGGAGCUACCAGAGAAGUCGUUCCUGCCGAAGCGCGACCUGGAGUGGUUCUUCUUCUGCCCCCGCGACCGCAAGUACCCCAACGGGUCCCGCACCAACCGCGCCACCGCCACGGGCUACUGGAAGGCCACCGGCAAGGACCGCCGCAUCGCCUGCGACGGCGGCGUCUACGGCCUCCGCAAGACGCUCGUCUUCUACCGCGGCCGCGCCCCCGGCGGCGAGCGCACCGACUGGGUCAUGCACGAGUACCGCCUCUGCCAGGACCUCGCCCACGGCGCCUGCAACUUCAUCGGGGCUUACGCGCUGUGCCGAGUGAUCAAAAGACACGAGGCCGGGCUGCUGCAGGGGGAGCCGACGGCGGCCAAGGCGAAAGGAGCCAGCAACGCGGCCGGCGCCGCGAGAGGGCAGAUGAGUAAGGUCUCCAGCAGCUCGUCCCUCUUCAGCAGCGAGCAGCUCAGCGCGUUCACACCCACCAAUUCCAGCCCGCCGCCUCCUACUCUGGACAUCAGCAACACGUUCCAGAGCCCCCUCGUGUACGGCGGAGACGCGACGGCGACGGCCACCACCGGGCUGCCGUCGAGCCCGCUGCCCCCGCCCCUGUUCGUGCCCAACAGCCACCCGUCCCCGCACGACGCGUUUUUCAUCGGCGACGACUUCCCCGCCGCGGUCGCGAGCGAGGCGUUCGCUCUUCACCGGCGGCGGCGGCGACAUGGGGAUGGGCGUCGCGGAGCACGACCUGAGAUGGGACAGCUUGAUAACCUGCCCAAGCACCUUCUCAAAUGGUGCCGAGGUGUGGAACACGGCGGCGAGCCCGAUGCUGUGCAGGCAGGCGAGCGACGGCGGCGGCGCCGACGACCUGGCGGCGUUCUUCUUCUCGGACGAGACCAGGAUCGUGUUCUGAUCUCUCGAGGACCGGCGAAGCGACGCACCUGGUUUGCAUGCUCCUGACCUGAAGAUGUGGCAUGUUUGACUGUGGCAAAUAAGGCUUUUCGGUGUGAACUGCUCCCAGGAGUGGCGGUAUAUUUUUCAGCCACGGUACGGGAGCCAGCAUAUAUAUACAUAUAUGUAUUAUUAUACGUAUUUAUACAUAGUAUAUUAGUAUCUACGCCUUUUAUAUGUUGGUAAGAUACUGAGGUAAAAGGCUGUUGGGUAUUAUUGGCUACAGAGUGAUGGCAUCUUUUUAGUACAGUCUUCUCUGUAGCAGGGUUCGUCGUGUUGUGUACCACUACCAUCUCACUUUCCUAAUGUGUGUCCUUUCUUCAAAUGUACUACUGUGCUUGUCCUGUUAAAAAACUACAAUGCAAUACCAAUAUUGCAGUGCUUUGUAGCCUAAUUAAUUUCAUGGCAUGUUGUAUUACAAUUACAACCCUUUGCUA